AGCACGCUUCUUAAGAGAGAAUAUUUUCAACCAUAUUCAAGAAAUAAAGAAUUAGUGCAGAAAAAUGUUUGUCAAAAAGAACGAUAUCCAUUCAGGUGAAUUAUAUACGCGAAUCAUUUAUUCGUUGAUCAACGAACAACGGUACACGGACGCAAUAUCAGUGCUUUGUAAAAUACCUGAAUCAACGAAUUGUCGUGCUGGAUUGUCUCUGCUUGGUUACUGCUAUUAUCAGUGUCAAGAAUAUAUUGAAGCGGCCAAUUGCUAUGAACAAUUGUGCAUUUUAGUGCCAAAUGAAGCAGAAUACCAAUUUUUCUUUGCUUUAUCUCUCUUUCAAUCGGGUCUUUUUGAAGAAGCAUUUAAAAUAACAGCAACAAUUGAUACCCCCGAUCUAAAGGAAAAAAAUUUGCAAUUGCAAUGUGCUAUUCGAUAUUUCAACGAAGAAUACAACAGCACCCAAACCUUAUUGGCCCAACGAAAUCCGUAUCAUGAGUCUACGUUAAAUGACGAAGGCUGUUUAUUGUUUCAAGCCAACGUGUUUGAUGAGGCACUCCAAAGAUUUACAGCUGCUCUUCAAAAUGGUGGCUUUAAUCCUUUGAUUGCAUACAACGCGGCUAUGUGCCAUUAUCGACGGAAGGAAAAUGCCCAAGCUCUCAACUACAUUGCAGAAAUUGUUGAACGGGGAAUUCGAAACUACCCAGAACUUGGGAUCGGAGCACAAUUCGAAAAUGAAGGCGGCGCUCGAAGUGUUGGAAAUCCGCCUUCCCUCGCUGCAUCUGGCUUAACACAGAGUUUGAACCUCAAGGCUGCUAUUGAAUAUCAAGAAGGAAACAUGGAUGGUGCUCGGGAGGCCCUAAUGGAUCUACCACCUCGUAGUGAGCCCGAAUUGGAUCCAGUGACUUUACACAAUUUAGCGUUAACUGACACAACGGGAGGCAUUGGUACAAGUUUAAGACGUUUGGCAUUUUUACUUGAAAUAGGUCCGCCAACUUGUCCAGCAGAAACAUUUGCCAACGUCCUUCUAUCAUGUUGUAAACAUGAAAUGUACGACACAGCUGCCGAUAUACUAGCUGAACACGCCCAUCUUACGUACAAAUAUCUGAGUACAUUUUUGUAUGAUUUGCUUGAUGCAAUAAUCACUGUUCAAACUUCUCGUGAUGAAGCCGAUCAAAAAUUAGGAAAGUUAGCCACACGACUUACCACUAAAUUACGUGCGUUAACUGCAAAGAUUCAAGAAAGUCGCGCUUCUGGCGAUGAUGAUGCUGUCAAAAAAACACUUCGUGACUAUGAAGAAGAAUUGGAAAACUUUUUACCCGUUGCUAUGGCAAGAGCAUGGCUAUUUUGGUUAGAUGACGAUUUUGCAACAGCCGAACGAGAGUUCCGGUCAAGUGCUGAAUUUUGUUCAGAGUCUCCGUUGUGGCGGCUCCAUGCGGCACAUGUCCUUUUCAUGCGGGGUGACAAGUACAAAGAAGCCGCAGCAUUUUAUGAACCAAUUGUACGACAAAAUUAUGGAGACAUUUUAAGCGUUUCAGCUGCAGUAUUGGGAAAUCUGUGUGUUUCGUACAUAAUGACAUACCAAAAUGAAGAAGCUGAAGAUCUAAUGCGUAAAGUGGAACGGGCAGAAGAAAUGAAGGGCAAUGUAAAUGGUCAUUGUCUGCAUUUGUGCAUUGUGAAUCUAGUCAUCGGAACAUUAUAUUGUGCAAAUGGAAACUAUGAAUUUGGAUUAUCGCGAAUAGCACACGCACUUGACAAUGCUACAGCUGGUGCUCGAUUAUGUCCAGACACAUGGUUUUAUGUUAAAAGAUGUGUCCUCGGGCUAUUGACUCGAUUGGCAAAACAAACAUUGGUGUUGCCGUCCGUAGUAAUUGAAGAAGUUUUGAAUUUAUUAUAUACAUGUCAAAUGUACGGCCUCGCUAUACCGGCUGUUUUCGAAACCGCAACUGACGAAAACCCAGAUGAACCACAAACAAUUGGUUUGGAAGCAAGAAAACUGAAUGCUUUACUGUUAAAGGCCAUUGAAUACGAAUGAAAUGCGGCGAACUGAAUUUCGAAUUGUAUUUUGUCCCUUCU